AGAGAGAGAGAGAGAGAGAGAGAGAGAGAGUCUCUGAGUUUCGGGUGAGGAGGGGGUGAGGAGGAUGAGGAGGUUUCGAGGUUUCCCUCAGUGCUCGCACGCGCUGGGCUUGCUGAAGGACGCACGAGGCUGCUGGUGGAGUGGAUCUAACCGGCGGGAGACGCGCGUGCCGUUACGCACCGGGCAGCUCCGGUGUGUGUCUGUGUGUGUGUGACGAAGAGGAGGAAGAGUAGCGGACAGAGUCACACUGAGCCCGGAAAGUUGGAGUACAGCUGCGGAGUGAGCGGGGGCAGCUGAUGUUCUUCACCGAGGACAGAGCUCCAUCUCCGGGAGAGCCGCUCCGGAGCAUGCGCUCCUGCCCGGACUCCCACUCUUCUUCUUCUUCUUCUUCUGCGUCCCUGCCGGGGCUGCUGUAAGCCCGGGAGGGCGGGGUGGGGCGGGGGGUCCCACCGUGUCCGGGGUUCGUACUCGCGCCACCAUGUCGGUGGCAGUCCGCGCGCUGUGCGGAGAUAGAGAGUGAGAGACCCCGACGCUCAGAGCGAGAGAACCAUGACUUCCUGUGGGAUUACAGCAGCACGCGACAUGAUCCUAAUCGGCAUCAUCUGCCUGCUGCUCGUGCUUGAUGUGUGCGUUUGUGACUCGGAGCUGGGUGCCCCCGGCUGGAGGGAACCUCUGGACUGUGUCCGAGCCUCCGAGCUGUGCAACCAGAACAGCCAGUGCAGCUCGCGUUACCGGAUCAUGCGCCAGUGCCUGUCGGGCGGGGACAAGGAGCGCAGCGCCAUGCUGGCCUCCAAGGAGUGCCAGGGGGCGCUGGAGGUGCUGCAGGACUCGCCGCUCUACGACUGCCGCUGCAAGAGAGGCAUGAAGAAGGAGCUGCAGUGCCUACAGAACUACUGGAGCAUCCACAUGGGCCUGACUGAGGGGGAGGAGUUUUACGAGACGUCUCCGUACGAGCCGAUCCACUUCUCUGAGGAAUUCAGACAUGCCUCCAUCAUCUCAGAUUCAUCUCUGACCAAGAUGAGCCCCUGCUCUGAGGCAGGGAAACCCUGUAACCCCUGUCUGGAUGCGGCGAAGGCUUGUAACCUUAACGAGACGUGUAAACGUCUCCGAUCUGCCUAUAACUCCAUCUGCAGCAAGACCACGCCCCCGCAACCCUCUGCGGGCUAUCAGGAGCCGUGUAGCAGGAAGCGGUGUCAGAAGGCCCUGCGACAGUUUUUCGAGCGGGUGUCAUGGGAGCUGAGCUACCCCCUGCUCUUCUGCUCGUGCCCGGACCAGGCGUGUGCUGAGCGCCGCCGUCGCACCAUCGUCCCGUCCUGCUCACACCAGGAGAGGCACAAAGCCAGCUGUCUGGAGCUGCGGCGCACCUGCCGCUCAGACGCCCUGUGCAGGUCUCGGCUCGCUGAUUUCCACAUGAACUGCCAGGUGACACCUCACACCGUCACCACCUGCCCUCACGAUAACUACCACGGCUGCCUCAUGUCCUACGUCGGCCUCAUCGGCUCGGAUGUAACGCCAAACUACAGCGACAGCAGCCCGUCCAACAUCACUAUGAGCCUGUGGUGCACCUGCAGGGGCACCGGCCACCAGGAGCACGAGUGUGAAGCUUUCCACCGCGAUUUCACACACAACACCUGCCUCAAAAAUGCCAUCCAGUCGUUUGGUUACAGCUCGGAGGGAGGGACUCUUCUCGUAACCGAGCCGUCAUCCACUUUCCUGCCCCCUGCACAGCCUCCAGUCAUCGCCAAACCUGCUCCCUCUCUGCACGGAAACGCAAUCAAACCCCUGGACAGUGCUUGUAUGUUUUCCACUUGUGCGAACCUGCAGGACGGAGGACAGAAGUGCAUCCCCUCUGAUGACUUCGAGUGCGAGGAGGCUCUGUUGGCCCAGGGCUCGAUAGACUCUCAGGACUCUGCAGGGCCCAGAAGCAGCAGCCGGCCAUCAGCCCCACUCCUCCACCUCCUCCCUGUGACUGUGUGUGUGUCCACCCUCCCAGCGUUCCUGCUCCACGUCUCAUAAAUGUGAACUAGCAUACACACAUACAUGCCCACACACACACACACGCACACAUUCACACACACACACACACACACACACACACACACACACACACACACACACACACACACACACACACACACACACACACACACUCCUAAAUGUCAGCCAGCAGACGUCCAGCAUCAACAACUGCCUUUCAGAGGAGGAGGGAAGUUAUUCUGGAGGACGUUCGGAUUAGCCAGCUCUCUGCACCACACGCACGGUGCACACACACCGUGAGAGGGUGUGUUGUGUGUUUGAGCGAGGGUGAGAAUAAGAGAGGCAGACACAGAGAGACUCCUGGGAUUUUCGAUCACAUUGACUUCGUUUCCAAAGCUCCGUGUCUGCAGAGUUUGUGUGCAGCCCAGCUCAGACUCACUGCCUCCAGCUUUCUGGGAUCCGAGACAGCUGGGCUCAGAAACACAGGGACUUUGGCUCAAGCUUGAAACUGCACACACACACACGCACAAACACACAGACACACGGAGAACAAGUCUUAAAGUUGGCAGCGCGAUGGUGAGAGAGACGACAGAGCUGGACAGAUGGGACGGAUCAUUCCUCUGUGUUUGUCAGCUCAAUUUAUCACUUCCCUGGACCUCUCUGGUGGCAAGAAAGCUAUACUGCAUACAUACAAACGCACACGCUGUAACCCUCCCCUUAGACCUCGUUAGCGGGCAAACAGGGUCCCCACAAGGACACAAACACUCAUGCUGUACACCAGUGUGCUUUUCGCAGGUCUUUCUCUUCAUUUUGUUGUCGACAUUCUGUAAAAACUUCAUUUAAUGUGGAAUAUGAAAAAAGAGUGUAUAUUUCACAAAUGUAAGUGUAAAAUUGUGCGAGUGUGUGUGUGUUUGUGCAUGAGUGUCGGUGGCUGAAUGUGAAUGUACAGACAUGUGGAAGCAAACAAAGGAAGAAGGACUCAGCUGCAGGACACACAGCGAUGUGUGUGUACUCUCAACCAAACAAAUUUUUCAUUUCAGACUCUUAAAUUUGGGAGUUUUAGGUUUUUUCCUCCUCUUGUCUUGAUUGGUUGUAGGUGUAUUGCUAACAAAGCUACAGCUGUUAUCAUGGUAUUAGACCACCGAGCCCCUGUCAGUUUAACACAGUCUCAGUUUAAAUGGGUGCUGCUGGUGCUGCAGUUACAGCAGGGCGGACAGUGGUGGUGGACAAUGCUGUGACCGCUCACAGUCAGAUCCAACUUUGGAGCAACUUUGGAGCACCAACACAGCAAUGCAGCCUGCUGUCCUUCUGUGACUGAACAGGUCAGGUUGGCAAUUAAAUGCAAGCUGUUCCUAAUAAUACGGCAAAAAAACAUGUUGGUGUCUUCAGUCACAAAGUCCAGCCUGAACCUCAGCGGCCUGAAACAGAAAUUCCUCAAUAAAGAGUGACGUCGUGUCUGCACGACAGCGAUAAAUCUGCAGAACUGGCUUUUCUAUAAGAAUAGAACCAGAGUCCUGCCCAUUGAGUCAUGUCUGCUACGCAAAGACGAGCCACUCCGUUCAGCACAGACGGACUCAGGUUAGAAAUGACAGUGAGAGUGACUGCAGUCUGGGGCGAAGCACAGUGCAGUCGCCUCAAGGGCGUUUAUACUCUAAGACCCUGCAAUUAGACAGAAACGCUCGUCAACAGUGGGGAAGAAAAAUUCUCUUCUGAGAGAAUGAAACUUCCAAGAGAACUAGGUGACUGAAAACAUCAAUAAUUCAAGGAAAUGAUUUCACUAGCAUUAGCGUGUUAAAGGGCAGGGUCACUGCUUCCAGCAGACUGGCUCAGGUUCUUCUGCAGUCAGCCCCAAAACACACAUGUACAGCCGGAUACACAAACUGUUUGGUCUCUAUAGAUAAUUUCCCCUUCAUAAUAACUCUUUAUUACAAUUUAAACAGAUCAUAAAGUUUACAUUAUUGGGGGCGUGGCCUCUGACUGGCAGGUGGAUGGCAUACAGCUGUUUGGAACAUUUGGAUCAUUUCCUCCUGCGUUUGCUUCCCUUAAUGUGUUUAAUAUGUGAGUGUGUGUGGGGUUCUCAGUGUGUACGGUACCUCUGGCCACUCUGUGGGGUAUUUUUUAUGUUUCAUAGAAGCUACCAGGAUGCAGAACAUGAACUGUUGUGCUGCAAGGUUGUCACCAGUCGAAGCUCGAGGUAGUCGUCACUUUGUGCCAUCCGUGGGCUGGAAGACCUGAGAUCAGUUCCAGAGGCGCUGGUGCGUCCUUACUUUAGUGUGAUUAUUACUGUCAUCCCUGCUAGCGGUCAGGAAAACGUAUUACCGUGUCCGUGAAGGGUCAUUACACGAUUGUCCAAAUCAGUGAGAUUGCUAUUAAAUUUGUUGUAAACAUUGUGAUAUUUCCCCUCGGGCUUUCAGCAGCAUCAUUAUUAGGACAGAUUUGUUUUUGUGUCUGAAAUUGGACGAUGAAGUCAUAUAUUUCUAAUCACCUCGGCCUUCCUCUUGUUCCGUAAUCAUGUUGCUUUUUUCAUCUACUUUUAUUCCAGGAGCAUUUUUCCCUGGAGUUUCUCACCGGCAUCAUCCAGACGCCUUUUCUCUCUUAAAAUGUGAAUAAAAAUGUGAUUUUCAUUAAACUCAGUGUUAACGUAAUGCUGGCUGUUCAUGAUGCCCUGCACAUCGGGAUCCUGAGUGUUUCAUUAACAGUGUGAACAUUCAUGGUCUCCAGAGGGGUAGUUCAUCCCUCCACUGCCUCAGUGCUGCUGAAGCUUCAGGUUUUAUUUCAGAAUUAAAGCGCUAGUGUCAAGACAGUGCAGAACUUUUUUUUUCUACAUAAAUAACAAAAUUAUUAAAAUCUGAUUUCUAUAACUUUACUGUAACUUUUCAUGAUCCCCAGAGGAUGAUCUCUGGCAGGCUUGACGGUCCCCUGAAGGUUUUACAAGCACCAUCAACAUGAAAGCAUUCGAUUUCAGCAGCACACAAAUCACUAAAUUAUCUGUUUAAUGGUAGAAGAAUUCAAAUUUUGGGAGAAAAAUAUUUGAAAUGAAUGGCAGAAAUGUCACAAUGCAAUAUUUACAGUAACUUCUGUUUUUGUUGGCAGGCAAGUUUAUCUUUCACAUUUGUACUUAAUUUCCCUCCUGUAUAAAUGUGGUUAUCUCCAACGAAUAGGAUGGUAUCGUCAGCAAAAACUAAAAUUAAAGCAAAUCACUGACGCAAGUGCAAAAUUUAAGUUUUUUUAAUUUAAGUCCAACGAUCGAUCCCUGUGGAACACCAUGAUAUCUGAUUCAUAACAAUUCAUUCAUUACUAAUUGUAUUUGAAAACAAAGAACUGUUUGUUCAGGAUGGAUGUCUGAUUUUACGUUGGUGUUGAAGAUGACUGAACAGGGCUUUGUGCUGGUACGACCGUGUGUUGGGAAAGAGUAAAAUGAGGACAAAGGUGACGGCGAGGAAGGUUGUAAAUUUGCUGAUCUAUUUGUAAACUUUAACAGCGCUCAGCAGUGUAAUGAAAUAUGUGUCUGGAAAUAAAAGUAACAGCU